GACUUACUCCAGCAACUCCUCAGCACUACAGCAGCUCUGUACAGGCAUUUUCAGUGCUUCCGGGGGACAGAAUAAUAUAAACAUUAAAGAUUUGUAGCUGAUUGUUCAUAUGUGUCCAGGGAGAGAUGAAGUACAUCGGAUCCUACAUAAUUUGGCUUUGUAUGGCAGUCUUCCUCCUCCUUCCUGUUUCUACUUCUGUGGCUGUGAGUGACCAGACAGGUGCUGUGUGUCCUUUAAUGAAAAGAGUUGUCCAUCAUCUCAAACAAAUCAACAGAGACAGUCGUGGUGUUUCAGGAUUUGAUCUGGCAGAAAGCUUUUCUUUGAGGCAAACACCUUGUGGAGGGGAAAAGAUCUGUUUUAAACUGGGAAGUGCACCUCUCAUUAGAGAUACAAGGCGAGUAUUUCCAAAUGGGCUUCCUGAAGAAUACUCUCUAGUUGCUGCAUUUCGUGUACGGCGAAAUACCAAGAAAGAACGUUGGUAUAUAUGGCAAGUUUUAAAUCAGUAUGACACACCUGAGAUCUCUGUCCUUCUGGAUGGUACAAAAAAAGUGGUGGAGUAUAUGACCAAAUCCGCUCAGGGAAAUAUACUGCACUACACUUUUAAGAGUCGAGAAAUUUAUCCAUUGUUUGAUCGGCAGUGGCAUAAGCUUGGUAUUAGUGUGCAGUCAGGGAUCAUUUCACUCUAUUUGGAUUGUAAUUUAAUUGAGAGAAAGCAGACUGAUGAAAAAUUCACCAUUGACUUGCAGGGAAGGACACUGAUUGCUUCUCGUGCUGCAGAUGAUAAGCCUGUAGAUAUUGAACUUCACCACAUAGCAGUUUAUUGUAAUCCAAAACUUGCAACAGAAGACACAUGUUGUGAAAUAUCUGCAGACUUGUGCCCACGUGAGGAAAAGUUACUUGCUACAACCUUGUCACCAGCAACUGCUCAUGCCAGCAAAAUAUACACGCUUCCAGGAAUGCAGCAAGAAUCUGGAGAGAGAUGCCACUGCUUUCCAAACAAAGGAGAAGCAGGAUUGCCAGGAGUAUCUGGUUUGCCAGGCCAGAAAGGAGAAAAAGGAGAAAAGGGUGAAAUGGGCAUGAAAGGACAGGAUGGUGUCGCUGGUCUGCCUGGCGAAAAGGGUGAACGUGGCUUUGCAGGUAGCAAAGGCAAAGAAGGUGAAAAGGGUGAAAAAGGAGAUAAAGGAGAACCAGGACCAGAAGGCAUUCAUGGAACAGAGGGACUAAAAGGUGACCCUGGUAGACCUGGUGUGGCUGGUCCGAAAGGAGAAAAGGGAGAUGCAGGACCUCCAGGACCAGCUGCCUUGAGUGGUUUGCUGGAGGGUCCCCAAGGUCCACCUGGCAAAGAAGGUCAAAGGGGAAGACGAGGCAAACCAGGUCUCCCAGGAAAACCGGGGCCACCAGGACCUCCUGGUCCUUCUGGACUAGAAGGAAUUCUGGAUUCAUUGAACAAACAUUAUAAUGAGAGUGAUACAAGACUACUAGGAGUACUUGGGACCCCUGGACUUAAAGGCCAGAAGGGAGAUGUUGGUCAAAAAGGAGAAUUGGGAAUGACUGGUGCAAAAGGAGAAAAAGGAGAGCCUUCUGAAAAAGGGGACAAGGGAGAUCCAGGAGAGACUGGAAUGCAGGGCUCAAAAGGAAAUAAGGGUGAAGUGGGAGUCCCUGGACCACCUGGUCUUAUUGGAAAUCCAGGAUCAAAGGGACUGCAGGGCCCUCCAGGACCUGUCGGACCCAGGGGACUGCCAGGAGAAGUUGGCUUACCAGGAGAGCAUGGGGUACCAGGAAACCCAGGAGUUAAAGGAGACAAGGGUGACCCUGGUGGGAUUAUGGGACCACCUGGACAUCCAGGUCCAAAAGGUGAUAUGGGGCCUCCUGGACCAAGUCUGCCUGGAACACCAGGUCCCACUGGUGUUCCUGGAAACCCAGGUCCACGGGGACCAAAGGGAGAAAGAGGACUACCUGGUGUACAGGGAGCACCUGGGGAGAUGGGGCCCCCUGGAAUAGGUGUUCAGGGAUCACCAGGUCCUAUAGGUCCAACUGGAUCAGCAGGUGUGCAGGGCCCUAGGGGACCACCAGGGUUACCAGGAACUCCAGGUACUCCUGGUAUUAAUGGCACUCCAGGAAGAGAUGGAAAGCCAGGACUACCAGGCCCUCCAGGUGAUCCUAUUGCACUGCCACUUGUGGGAGACAUGGGUGCCAUACUGAAAGGUGAUCCUGGCACAAGAGGACCUCCAGGCAUCCCUGGUAGAGAAGGGCCAAAGGGAAGCAAAGGUGAACGUGGAUUUCCUGGGCUUGCGGGAGAGAAGGGUGAUGAGGGUCUUCAAGGUGCUCCUGGACUGCCAGGCAUACCAGGACCCAGUGGACCAUCUGGAGUCACAGGAAGACCUGGACAUCCUGGUCCAGCAGGGGCAAAAGGCGAAAAGGGUAGUGAAGGUUCUCCUGGGAAACCUGGACCACCUGGGCCUCCGGGUAUGCCUUACAAUGAAAGAAAUGGAAUGAGCAGCUUAUAUAAACUGCAGGGAGGUGCGAGUGUCACUAGUUAUCCAGGUCCACCAGGACCUCCGGGUCCGAAAGGAGAUCCUGGAACAGUGGGAGACCCAGGACCAAUGGGCUUACCAGGACUGGAAGGACUCCCAGGGGAAAAGGGUGACCGUGGACCAGCCGGCACACCGGGAGUAGCAGGGACACCGGGAAAGCCAGGAUCUCCUGGGUCCCCAGGGAUGCCAGGGGAACCUGGUGAAAGAGGACCUAUAGGAGAUAUAGGCUUCCCUGGUCCAGAAGGACCACAAGGAAAACCAGGACUCAAUGGAAAAGAUGGAUUGCCAGGUCCUCCGGGUGCUGUGGGGAGACCAGGAGACAGAGGACCCAAAGGAGAACGUGGAGAUCAGGGUAUUCCAGGGGACAGAGGUCCACAGGGUGAACGAGGGAAACCUGGCCCAACAGGAGAAAAGGGGGAUGUGGGUCCUGUUGGCCCACCAGGAGACAGAGGCUAUCCAGGAUCACCAGGUCAUCAAGGUCCCCCAGGUUCACCAGGACCCCCAGGGUUUCCAGCUGAUGCAGUUUCACUUGAAGAAAUAAAAAAAUAUAUCAAACAAGAGGUUCUUAAAGUUUUUGAAGAAAGGAUGGCUCAAUUUUUAUCCCAGCUGAAGCUGCCUGCUGCAAUGCUUGCCUCCCAAGCUCAUGGUAAACCAGGGCCCCCAGGAAAAGAUGGGUCACCAGGGCCACCAGGAAAUGAUGGUUUGCCAGGGCCACCAGGAGAACGUGGAAUUCAAGGUUAUAGAGGACAGAAAGGGGAAAGAGGCGAGCCUGGAAUUGGACUGCCCGGUAACCCCGGACCACCUGGCCCUGCAGCUGCUGGCCUACCAGGCCCACCAGGAACACCAGGCUCACCCGGACCACAGGGGCCACCUGGACCCAGUGGGAGAUGCAAUCCGGCAGAUUGCUAUUACCACAUAUCACAGACUCGGUCACACACCAGCAGAAAAUAAAAAUCCUCUCCCUGAGACACUUGGGUUCAUGAUCACUUUUCACUCCUCCCAAUAAGUUAAUUUCAUUUUUUAAAUAUUUGGUGCGGUUUUUUUUUCUCGACACUGCAUGGUAUAUAGAUAAUUUGUAAGGCACAAAAUUGAGCUUUUUUCUAUGUUAUUAGCAGUGUCGUAAUAAUGAAAUGAUGAUGUAUAUUUUCCGGAGUGCAUUCCAUGUGUUGUUUCUCAUAUUUAUUUUGCUUAGAACAGAAAAUAGGCACAAAAAAUUUUCAUCACCUUCUUUCUUCAAACAAAAAAUAUUUUGUUAUUACUUAAGACAUUGUGUAUGCCCCAGUAUGUAAGCUGGCUUUAUUUUUCUUGCUGGUGGUGAAUUUUAAAUCAAAAAUAUACAUUUCUGAAGUUUCAAAGCAUACUUGUUCAUGGCGAACGCCGGACCUGAGCUGGAGCACUGGGAACUCUGUUCAGACUAAACGUUCAUGUCCCUCGAGGAGGCUCUGGCACACCUUCUGAAAAGGGUCUUUGUUGUGCAUCACAAAUGCUGCCCACCAUUUCAGUCAUGUCCAAGAUGUUGAAGAAGGAGACGAAGAUGUGUUUAUGAUCUCCCUAAUCUCCUCCAACGCUGAGCUUCACACUGACUGAAAAAUCACCGGGUGUAGCCCCAAGAAGUGUCUCUCCUGACUGGAUAUUUUCCCAACUAGGGGGCUUGUAUGUUCAUUUAGUCAUGGCUACAUGCAGUCCAGAUAUUUAGCUGCAAAGGGCUGGCGUUGAUGUUCCCGACUGAGAACUGGCAUAUAUUCUGACCAUCACGUGGACUAAGUGUACCAUCGUUGCCUGUAAUCAAGCUACUCUGCUAUUAGGUCUGACUACAGCAAAGGUGACCCCUUGCUUUAGAGCAGAGAGUGGUGGGUCUGCAGUCCAAGAUGGGAACUUCACAAGCCUCUGAUCUUGGUAGUGGUACAGUUUUCCUCUUCCUCCUGCAAUAAUCAACUGCUGAAAUAAGCUUGAGAAGAACAUGAAAACUGCAGAGUGUAAAAUUCACAGGUCCUAGUAAAUCGCAAAAAAGUCACUUGAGUGCAAGAAAAAUUUGGAAAAAAGUACAAAACCCUCCUUGAAAGGUUUAAUACCAGGAGCACAACUGCAGACAGUUUUCAGGCAAUGAGUAAAUCCUACAGGACCAGACAAUGUCAGCCAAAUAGAAUGAAAUGUACAUCCUGUAGAGCUCAAAGAGUUGAGCAAAAGAAAAUCUAGAGAAAAUUGAUCACACAGAGGCUAGUUGUGAAAAGGAGGGAGGAGACAUGGCCAAAGUUUCACUUCUGAUUAUUAGGAAACAGAUCAUCCUAGAUUAGUCCUGUGGAAUUUUCUGCAGUGCAAUAGAAAGUGAAGGUGCUAUGGGAAGAAUGAACACAGGUAGCUAUAACCCAAAACCUCAAAAUACAUCUGUAGUGCAAAGCCAUACUGAGGGGAUCUCACUCUGUUGUUAGGAAGCUGGGCACUCUCCCAUAUCAGGCAGAAAAGUGGUUUUGAUGACUUCGUGCUUGAGCAGUACGGAGGUGCCAGGGAAGCAUUCUCACACUGGAAGUGCUGGCUUCCAGAGAAGCUGUUGUGAAACAUGAAUCUGGCUGACUUCUUGGUUUUGCUGAAAAACAGUUAAGGAAUGACCAGUGUGAGUCUUUAAAAACAGAAAUACACUGGCAUUUCUUCUGAACAGAGUUCCUAGCACUUGCACCCAGAGUGAGAUGAAAGCAAGAGGUAAAAGAGUUAACCCAGGCAGCUGGGGAGCUCAGGCACAUAUUCUGAGGGGGAAAGCACGCAUCCCUGACAUAUUCAUCAAUUAGAUGUUUGGAGGAAAGAAGGUGCUUGAGACAAAGGGAUGUUAAAGGAAACAUAAGGAUGAAAAGCCGAGUGUAAACAACCAGGACAGACGAGGGCAGCAGGAAAGAGGAGGAUGCUACCUAAAGGAAAUGUAAUACACCCUAGAGCUGGGGACUCCCUGGGGGGUCAGGGUGGUUUGUAUGUCCCUCAUGAGGUUGGGAACAGAUAGGUCAAAGCCCACCAGCAAACUCCAAUUCUCACACCUCCUUUUCUGCUCAUCCCUCCCAUCCCUUGGGAGGCAAUAGCUGCCCCUUCUUUAGACCAGCACAUCCUCUGCUCUGCGGGUGGUGGGUGCCUGUCCCACUAGGGUGAAGGUGCAGGACAAGUGGUCCUGCCUGUGCUUAACUCACCUGCUCCUCUUCCAGACCUCCUGUGCCCAUGGAGUGUGUUUUGGUUUGCUCUGUGGAACUGAUCGCCUUUCCAGAUCUGGUCCUUAGAGUGCCAAGGCUGUGAGAGCACUGGGAACUGGUGAGGCAGCUUGAAACCAAGCAAUUGUCUGUCCUGAGGCACCUCCUGCAGUGUGGGCCUUAGGUCUGCCAGCCCAGCAAGUACAGCCUUGCACCAAGACCUGUCUCGGUGUCUGUACAUGUACGCCAGUGGAGGAACAGUCCUACAUACUGGUUUCCAUUCUCUGAAAGGAAGAACUGCUGGUCAGGUAUCUUGCAUAAGCAUUUUCCCUCUAUUUUUUUCUUUUGUUACUUCUCUAGUAAUUCCAAUAUGUGUAAUAGUCUAAACAUUUUUUACUUCAUAAGUUAAUUUUUGACUUCAUUUUCUGUGAUAAUAUUGAAAAGGGUGCUGUCUUGUGAAUAAUAUUCAUGCAACUUAGAGGUUCACAAGCAGCCCCAUCUGGAAGGCUGUACAUGGACUAUCAUGCCACAUUAAUGGUAUCUGUAUAUUUUGGGGCUUUUAGGUAGCUGAAACCCAGCAUCUGUCAUCUGUCAGAUGCAAUUGCUGUAUGUUAAUUUACUUGAACUUAUUGGAAAGCAGAACACUUUUUAUAUUUGAAAAAGUUUUAUUUUUUCAUCUAUGUUUCCUACAGAUGCCUUUUUCUUUGUAUAGGCUCAAACAUAAAGGUCUUUUUAAAAUGCAUUUGAAUGCUUUCAGUUGAUUUACAGUUAACUUUGGUAACUAUUUUGUUGCAUUAUUUUUAUUUUGCUAAAAGCCCACUUUAAUUUUCUCAUGUGAGAAAACGGGUAUUUUUUUAUAUGGGCUAUCUCAAUACCUUUUUUAAGAUGCCACAUUCUUCACUGAGGUAGAACAGUGUUAAUCCCAGCUUUACUUUACUUCACACUGGCUUGCUCCUACUCUGUAUUUUUAGAAUCAAAAAUGGAAUGUAGCUGGAAACAUGUUUCUGCAUGGUUUUCAGGUUUGGCCCCUGAAAUUUCUUUGCAGUUUCAGAUUGAUGUUGUCAUAGUUUUUGGGGAGGGGUUGCUAAUCUAUUUUGCAAUUUGCUUUAUCAGUUUUUUAUCUGUUUUGAGCAGUUCAUGCUGCAGUAAGCACUACAAGGAACUAAACACGGGGGAUUAUUUUUUCCAGUAACAUGAGGUCUUUGAUUUGGGCAUGUUUAUGUGCAACAAGACUCAGAAGUAAAUAACUUUGACAAAAUGUUUUAAACCUUUCUUAAAAGCUCUCUAAGCUUUAUCCUAGUUCAGGGUCAGACUAUUAUGUUUUAUGGCAAGUUGCUCUGUCACCUAUUAAGAACACGUUGAGAUUUUCUUGAAAUUGCUAUGUACAGAACUACUCAGUUUGCCUAAAGAAAGAAAAAACUUGGUAAGAGAGAAACUUUACCAAAGCUGCAGUAGACCUCCUGUUGUCCACAUGGUGGAGUCCAAAACAUCCUUUCAGUACAAAGGGUACAGCCCAGGCCUAACUUGCCCAGCAGUGCAAGAGCUGACCCAGUGAUGCAUAUUCUCACAGCACAAGAGUCAGUGUUUCUCAUUUUGUUCUUGAGCCUGACUUUUUUUUUUUUUAAAUCUAUUUAGUUUUGCAUGGUAGUAUUUGCAGAAAUACUGCCUUUCUUGGAUAAUUUUUGUUAUGUAACAUUGGUUAGACUUUAUUUGUGUUUAUUAUUAUAUUGUGUUUUGUGUAUGUUAAAAAGAAUGUGUAUUAGUGGGACAUCCCACUUUCUGGCAUCAUUUAUGUCCCCAUUUGUCUCCAAGGGAGAAGGGACUUACCUAUGGUUAAUAAAAAUUACAACAGCAUCCUUCAUACAAGCCUUAUGAACAGCAGUGCAGCCUGGUAAUAUUUUGAAAACCAAUAUUCUUGUCUUAAACUGGACUUGGUUUCAAUACUAAAAGAGCACUAUGAUAUAGGAACAGGAUUGAUUGUAUCGUCCAUCCUUUGUUUUAUGAUUUUGGGUUAUGACAGAUGUUAGAUAUGCACAGCUUUGUUAAAUGUAUUUUUAAAAUUAAUGGAUAAUCACACAAAAUAUCUUGGACCUUCUUCUUUUUCACAAGGAUGAAAUACUAUUUUUCAUGUCAGUGUACACUCAGUUUUUUUCUUCUUUUUCUGAAAUGUUUACAUAAAAUUCUUUGUAAAAAUCCCACUGGCUAAACUACCAUUUUAUAAAUUUGUUUCUCCAAAUAUACUACUUAAAACCAGUCCCUAACCUUGCAUUUUACGAAUGCAGUAGAAUUGCUGCUCUAAUGUGACAUGUUAGAAUAAGAAGAGUAUCUCAGAAAUCAAAACGUUGGUUUAGUGUGGGUUUUUAUCGAGUUUUUGUUAGUUUCUGGAUGUACCAAAUCAUACAAAUUUUCUCUGAAAUCUGAUAUGUCCACUAUAACUAGAUUGUAUUGGAAGGAUGUUGAAAUCCAUCUCUAAACACACAGGUGGGUGUAGGCCAUGAAGAACAAGUUUAACCCUGACCUUGUUUGUGUUUAAGUGGAAAAUUUCAGCUUCACAAUACCUUAAUGAAAUGUUGUUUUCUAAUAUUAAUUGCUAAAACACAUUAUCAAUUCUAGACCAAAAUAAAUUUGUAGCUAAAAAGAUUGGAGUCUACAUGUCUUUUAGCAGUUUUCUUUCUGAGUCUUCUGUUCUAUAAACACAAAUGCAUUUAAUUAUUUACUGCAGUUUUAAUGUAAAUAUAUUGUCUCCAGUCAGUAUGUUUGAAGGAUUCUCAAUGACAUACCUUAUUUUUUUGUAUUCUUUCAUUUCUGAAUGAUAUGCAGCUGUCACUGAAUUAAUCACAGUACAUGCCGGCUGGUUGCUUCCUUCCUUCCUUCUAUUUUUGGUUUGCAACAUUUAGGGUUCUGUUCAGUGGAAAUGUAUUAAGUGGAUGGAAAAUUACUUUUUACAUUAUGAUCUGGCCAUUUACAUCUGAAACAGUAUUCCGGAUGGAAAUGGAAAUGUUUCACAUACUUUCUGUUUGUGCCUCUGUCAGAAAUGUUAAUUUUUCCUUCUGUGUCAAAUCAUGAGAGAGAGGAUGCAACUGCAAAUGGGAGAAAGGAGACACACAAAGCCACUGCAGCGAGCUCUGGGGAGUGGUCAGAGCAGGUUGGCUGAAUUUAGGGGGUUGGCUUUUGACCAUGCUGAAGUUGUGCUUCCUAUGAGCUGGUGAAACUUUGGGCUCUACAAUCUGGAGGGAAAAAAAAGUGAAAAACCUUGGCCUUAAUAUGUAUAUAAUUUAUGGAAGUUAAUACAUUCUCUGAAUCAGGUGCAGAUAACUUUCUUGUCUAAAUAUGAGAUAAUCACUUUUAUUCAAGAAACUGAUUCACUGAACUGCUUAACUUUAGAGAACUUCAGGCAUUUUCAUUGUUCUCUUGCUGCCUAACUCUCCCAGGAGGAAAAAGAGAACUCCUAUGCCAAUGGCAUUUUAAAGGAUGCUAGGUAAUAAUCUGACCACUAGGUUGAUUUUCUUUCUUCCGAUUUCACAGUGGCUUCAGCAAGUUCAUUUCAUUCAUUGUCUGAAACUGCCAGGUUUACUUGUCCCUUUGGAUGCACAUGCAGCAAGCGAAACAGAACAGAAAUAACAAAAGAUUGAAGAGAGGGGAAUAAAACUGAAGCUGUAACAAAUUAUACAGGAGUAACAUAUAGCACGGAUGGGCCUGGAGAGUGGUGGUGAACAGAAUUAAAUCCAUUUGGUGGCUGGUCACUAGUGGCGUUUCCCAAGGGUCAGAUCUGUUUAAUAUCUUUAUCUGUGAUCUGGAUGAGAGGAUUGAGGGCACCCUCAGUUUUCAGACUAUACCAAGUUGGGCAGGUUGAUCUGCUGGAGGUUAAGAAGGUUCUGCAGAGGGAUAUGGACAGGCUAGCUUGACAGAUGCUGGAGAUUGCCCCGACCCAUGUGCAGGACCUUGGCUGUGUUGAGGCUUAAUCUUUCAUGAGUUCCUGUGGGCCCACUUCUUGAGCUUGUCCGUGUUGUGCUGGAUGGCAUCCCUUCUCUCUGGUGUGUUGACUGCACUGCACAGCUUGGUGUCAUUGGCAAACUUGCUGGGGGUGCACUUGGUCGCACUGUCCAUGUCACAGACAAAGAUGUUGAACUGUCAGUACCCGUCCAGGUCCCUGAGGAACAUCACUUGUCACUGGUCUCCACAUGGACACUGAGCCAUUGACCACAACUCUGUGAGUGCGACUACCCAGAUCUGUCAAAUCCAUGUCUCUCCAGUUAAGAG